GUGUUUUCUCCGAAAUCAAUCCGAAGCGAGCAUUCAUUAUCAUGAGAUCCCGUGCUAUUUGUUUCCCUAAUUACUUUUCUGUACUUGUUCUUUGGAUUCCGACAUUUCUGCUUAGAGUGAUUGCAAGAAGAAUUACUUCAAAUGCCUGUAGUUCCAGAGUUGCAAGGAAGACUUUUUGUAAUGAUGCAGCUGGCGAACUAUCUGGCUCCCAAAUAAGCAAUGAGCUAGAGAGCAGGCAUGGGUUGACAGAUAACAUUCCCCAGUAUGACAUUGCUAUUGUUGGAGGGGGAAUGGUUGGAGUUGCUCUAGCUUGUUCCCUAGAUGUAAUCUAAUUGCCAUAUGCUUGCAGCGAGCACACCGUUGACAAAACAGUUGUCCAUUGCCAUCAUAGACAGCAAUCCUGCUUUGGGGAGGAAUGACUGCAUCAAGAAAGAUGAUCCUCCAGAUCCAAGGGUCAGUACAGUCACCCCUGCAUCAAUUUCCUUUUUCAAAGAAGUUGGAGCUUGGCAUUAUCUUCAACAGCAUCGACAUGCUUAUUUUGACAAGAUGCAGGUUUGGGAUUAUACUGGCCUAGGAUACACAAGAUACAACGCAAGAGAUGUAGACAAGGAAGUACUAGGGUGUGUGGUUGAGAAUAAAGUACUUCAUAGAUCUCUUUUAUCAUGCAUACAGGAGAAGGCAGAUUUUCAGAAGAGAAUCUACCCUUCCAGGCUAACUUCGAUGACCUUAUCUCCAAGCUUGUCAUCUGUAGCGCUUGACGGCUCAUCUUCAAGGACAACAAGGUCCCCUCGUGGAGAUUUAGCAAAGCUGGAACUUUGUGAUGGCAGUACCCUCUAUGCAAAGUUGGUGGUUGGAGCAGAUGGGUCUAAGUCUCGUGUCAGGGAGUUGGCAGGGUUGAAAACAACUGGAUGGAAGUAUUCACAGAGUGCCAUCAUCUGUACAGUGGAACACCUGGUUCAAAACCAUUGUGCAUGGCAACGGUUUCUACCUGCUGGUCCAAUUGCACUUUUGCCAAUGGGUGAUAAGUUCAGCAAUAUUGUUUGGACUAUGGACCCCAAAGAGGCAUCAGACCGCAAGUCAAUGAGUGAGGAUGAUUUUGUCAAUGCUGUAAAUCAUGCUUUGGAUUAUGGAUAUGGCCCUCAUCCUCAGUCACAGUUAUUAGGUGGUGGAACCAUUUUUUCUUGGCUUAGAGCAGACAUUACAUCAUCUGCUAGUGAGCGUUUUGAAGUUCCCCCAAAAGUCGUCAAGCUGGCUUCAGAAAGAAUGGCGUUUCCAUUAUCUUUGAUGCAUGCUAAUCAAUAUGUGUCGAAGCAUGUAGCUCUUAUUGGUGAUGCUGCGCACACUGUCCAUCCCUUGGCUGGUCAAGGUGUUAAUUUGGGGUUUGGGGACGCAUCUGCUCUUUCUCGGGUCAUUGCUGAGAGUGUUGCUGUGGGGUCUGACAUUGGUGAGGUAACUAUGCUGAAGAAAUAUGAAACAGAUAGGAAACCGGCAAACCUUGCCAUGAUGGCAAUCCUGGAUGGUUUUCAGAAGGCAUACUCUGUUGAUUUUGGACCUCUUAAUGUACUACGUGCUGCUGCAUUUCACGGGGCUCAGUAUAUAUCGCCGCUGAAAAGAAACAUCAUCUCUUAUGCUUCGGGCGAGCAGAAACUACCACUUUUCUCUUAGGAUUCAAAGCGUACAUCAGAAAGCACAUGGUAGGUUUAUUAUUCAUCUUGAGCCUAGAUAUGAGUUCGAGAUCCACUUGGAUUCGACGGUGAACCCAUAAAAUAUGGAUUGGACACUAUUUAGGUUCUCUGUUGAACCUAAGUACUCUAUGGUUAUUGAUGAUUACUAGUUGUUUCUUUUAUGAUUUUUAUUUUUUGUAAAAUACAAGAGAGAAAGAGAAAGACAAAUGAGAGAGAAUGAAGAGUAAACUAGUUAUUUUGUUCAUUUAUUGAACGAUAGUGACUGUUAUUGUUAUUUUUGAAAUAUGAUAGGUGAAUUUUGCAAUUA